AUGGCCCGCGCCGCACUCCUGUAUCUGCCCCUCUGCGGGCUUAUGUCCGAAGCUGUGAAUCUGCGGCGCGCGCAGUCUUCUCAGCUGUUGACAGACUUCCCCUUUUAUCAUACUUCCGAACAGAUCCAGUCGGAAGCAAGAGAGCUCGUCUCAGGCUGUGCCGGUCGGGCCACGGUCAAGACAGUGAGGAAGGGUGAGGUGUCGAUUGAUGAAAUUCGAAUCUCCGGCUCUAAGAACUCGAACUUGGAAAGGAACAGGGUAGCUUUCUUGUUUGGGGAGCAUAGCCGCGAGUUGAUCAGCCCAGAAACGGGCUUGAUGUUGCUGAAGAUGAUUUGUGGACAAGCAUCCCAUCCGGACUUGGUCGAGAAGGCCCUUGAAACAAGCGACUUCCAGCUGAUCCUCAAUGCCAACCCCGUCUCACGAGUUCAGGUGGAGCAGGGGAAUUACUGCCUUCGCGACAACCCGCGCGGGGUCGACCUGAACCGGAACUGGGACGAGAAGUGGGAGUUCGGAGACGAGGCCCUCGGGGGGGAUCAAUACCGUGGCGAGACGCCCUUUAGCGAGGCGGAAACUCAGAUGGUGAGGGAUCUUCUCACAGACUUCAAGCCCACAACCUUCUUGUCGGUGCACAGCGGCACGUUGGGUCUCUACAUGCCCUGGGCUUACGACGCCAUCCACAUGGCGCACCGCAACCGUGACUUGAUGCUGGCGGUGUUGAAGGAUUUGGAUGCCGACCACUGCCAGUGCCCCUUCGGCGCUGCGGGCAAGGAAGUGGGCUACAACUGCCCUGGAACAAGCUUUGAUUGGGUCUUCGACCACUUGAAGGCCCCCUUCUCAUUUGCCUGGGAGAUCUACGCACGCCCGGCCGAGUACGAGGGCCUGAAAUCUCGCUGGCAGGAGAAGCUGAAAGAGGCGAACUCCGUCCUGCAAGGUCAGGCCUCCAUGUCGCUGUUGGAGCUCUAUGCUGGUCACUUCUCGGACUUUGCUGGGCAGAGUCAGUUAGAUGCUGAAUUGCAGGAUUGCUUCGGAACCUUCAACCCCAGCACGGAGGCUGAGUACAACGAGUCAGUCAGAAACUGGGCGAAGUCCUACUUGAAGCUGGCAGUGUUGACAGCUCCCCACGUGGCCUUGCUGUCCAACUCCACGGCAGGGAGGAAAUAG